GCUCUCAUUUCCAACUCAGCCUCUCCCAGCGUCUGGCAAGCGCCUGGCCUUGCACUAAGUGAGCGCCGGGCGGCGAGGACGAACCGGGCAGGUCGGUACUCCCAGGCACUUCGAGGACAGGAAAGAGUAAAAGAAACCUCGAAACACCAACAAGCCAGGUCUCUCCUCACCCCAUCGCUUGGUCACAAAGGCGAGCCCCGACGUGGACGGCUGAGUAGGCCCAGCUAGUCACUCCCCCGAGGGCAGCAGCUUAAGAAAAAAGGCUGAGGCCCCCGGGCGAAGAAGAACCGGAGAAACUGGCGACCGUCUUGCCUUCCCUAGGGCGAAGGUUCUAAAUUCCCACGACCGUUACUCGGUGGCGCAACGGAGACUUCUGGGGGCCGCCAGGGUUGGAGCUCGGGCCGGAAGGCCGUGGUCCGCGCGUCCCCGGGUUUCGCGCCCCUCGCCUGACCUGAUUGGACGGUGGGGGAAAGGGGGCGGAGAGACCCCAGGAUGAGGCGCGCGCAGUCCUGCGGGGGUUCCCGCGGAGGCACCCGGGGGCGAAGGGCGGGAGCAGCAYCGUGGCACCGCGCCUGCGCACGUCGAGAAGUGACUGGCUGGGGGCUGCUGGGAGGGCGGCAGUUCGAGAAACGGGUGGGCGCAGGAGGGGGCCGCGGGUGCGCGUGCGCGCGUGCGCGUCGGAGCCGGAGCCGCGGGAGGAGGCGGGAGCUGAGGAGGCUGCGGAGGGGGCGGGUCGCGUCGGGCGCCACGUCCGCAGCCAGAGGCCGCCGCCGCCGACCGAGGCUUCAGGCUCCGCAGCUUGAGGGGAGCCUCGGGAGCCCGCAGCUGCCCAGGGCUGUGUCCGGCGCCUCUACCGCCCAGGCCACCUCAGCCCUCCCCGCUGCUUCCCGCUCCCUCCGCCCGGCCCCAGCCCCAGGCGCCGGCCCCGACCCCGGCGGAGCUAUGAAUCAAGCAGAUAAAAAUCAAGAAAUCCCAUCAUACCUUAGUGAUGAACCACCAGAAGGUUCAAUGAAAGAUCAUCCACAGCAGCAACCAGGCAUGUUGUCCCGUGUGACUGGGGGUAUCUUCAAUGUUACAAAGGGAGCUGUUGGUGCCACCAUCGGUGGUGUAGCUUGGAUUGGUGGAAAAAGUCUGGAGGUGACCAAAACAGCUGUUACAACUGUGCCUUCCAUGGGAAUAGGGCUGGUGAAAGGGGGUGUUUCUGCUGUGGCUGGAGGUGUUACAGCUGUUGGGUCCGCUGUUGUAAACAAAGUGCCCUUAACAGGAAAGAAGAAAGACAAAUCUGACUAAAAUAUGGAGAUAUAUUGCUCUCCACAGCAUUAUGAUGCCAGUGGCAUUGAAUUGCUAAAUUAUGGACUACAACCAAGUCACCUGUUUUGGACGUUUAUCUUCUAAACUGCUGUGUUGAAAGUAUUGACGACUGGCUUUCAUCUAAAAAGAAGAGACCAAUACUAGCACAGUGUAUGAAGGUUUCUCAUACUCAAAUUCCAGGUUUUUAUCUGGUAAAAUGUUACUCUUAUUCAGUUGUAACUGAAAAUAUGGUAUGUUUGAAUAUUUACUAUAAGUCUUUCAGUUUGACUAAAUGUGAAAGUUGAAUUUAGUAGAUGAUCUUUACAGUUCCAUAUGUACAAUGUGCCAGGUAACUCAUGCCCCUUACAAAGGGAACCUUGAACUACAUAAACUGUACCUUUGAUGUGCCUAAUAGUUUCAGAUGUCUUAGUUUUUUAAAACCAUAGUUGUUUAGGCCAAGAGGCAUUUUGUUUCUUAUUUAAGCUGGCAAAAGUAGCAGGAAUUUGAGAAGUUUAAAAGAAAAGAUAAAUGGUUUUAUGAUAAUAUUAAUCAUCUUUUGUUAGAUAUGCAUUGUAUUCAUUUAAUCAUUGAUGCCUUACAAAAGAAAACAUCUUUUCUAAUACCUUAAAUAUGUGCAGUUCUUAUAAUUAUCUAUGGAUUUUUUUCAAGGUUGUAAAAUUAGUUUUCCCUCUUAAGAAUCUCAGGAGUGAUGGGAUAAAGGCAUUUCUUGCUGUCAGUGGAUAAGACAGUGCUUGUUAGCUGUUCUGUUAAGUCGGUUGUUAAGGUCAAAUUGUAUAUUUCAACUUGGAUUCUUACUUCAUUGUUAAUUCACCUAACAGUGCCUAAGGAGUAUUUCUUAGCCGUUCAGAAGCUAUGUUGAAAGAGUUUCAGAUUAAGGAGGAACAAAUAUUAAGUAUUUAAAAAUUACCUAAAAGCAUCCAAGAUAUAAAAAGAAUCUUUCACACCUAUUCUGUCUUUUUAGGAUGUCUUAAAGUAUCAGUAGUUCUCCCUUUUAAAAAUACAAUAAAAGCAAUCACAAAUAUGUAAGGACUGACUUUUAAAUUGAAUGAAAUGGGCUCCAUACAUCAGUUUUGAAUAUAAAAUAUAAGUGCUUUCUAUGAUUUACAUAGGCUUUUAAAAAUAUCUUACAGUCCUUCAACACAACUGUAGACUUCAUACCAUUUUUCAAAUCAAUUUCAGGUAGGGAAUUGAAGUUUUUGAUUAUGGAUGGCAAAUGUGUCAUAUCUUACUACAUUUGUCAUCCUGUCUCAUUCAUUCUCAAAGUUACAUAGCUAGAAUUUUGUUUCAUGUUUAGCUUCAUGAAAAUUUAAUAAUUCACAUGUAUUUGGCAUUCCUUAUAACUGAGGAUUAUACCUUGAUCCUGAAAAAAAACCUUAAUUUUCUUUAUACUUCAAGUCUGGAAAUUUGUCCAUUCUUCCUCCACCUCCCAAAGGGAGGAAGAAAGGGCAAUGGGGUCAUGUUCUCCAGUAAGUCAUUCAACAUAGUAUCUCUGAGAACUUGAACAGAUCACUCUGAAACCUGAGGCUUAUAUAAACCACUACAAAUAUUACAUUAAUAAUGUGAUUAACAAUUGGAUAAGAAUAUCACCUUUAGCUUUCAUAAAUACCAGCAGGAAUUGUGAGCAAAUCUACACAGGGUCUUGAACCUUUCACUUAUACAAAACUGAAGUCAUCAGGAGUUCAAUCCAUGAGGAAUUAAAUAGUCAUUUAUUUCAUGCAAUAUGUUGCUAUAUUGGUCAAAUGUUUUAAUUAGCAAAGGRAAUUUGUUUUAAACUCCAAAGUAGAUAAAUGCAUUAAAUGAUCUAAGUAAUGGUAUUAGAGAACUUGUUUCCUGCUAUUACAUAAAUUACUGCUUCAUUGCUAGUAUUUUUAAUUUAUCUUAUAUAGUCAUAGGCUCUGCUGUUUUGUACUUGAAUUUCUUCUAAGGUAUAGACUUUAGUUUACUAUAUGCUUGCAUAUUUAUUUUUAGCUUUGCUUGUCUUAAAUUUGCUUGAGGAAAAUGGAUAUAAUUCAUUUCUGCUACAGAAAAGCUACUUGGUACAUUUUAUUUCAUCCAGAUUGUUUUAAAUUCUAACCACAACUUUGUUCAGAGGGGCUUUUGCAAUGGUAGCAGAGAACUGUACAAAUGUACAGUAUAGGUUCUUGUUGAAUGAACUUACCCUUUGAUGAUAUAUGUACAGCUGUAUCCUCAAGUCUUUUCCAGUUUAUUUACAUAGACUAGCAAUUUGACCUGUUAAACAGGACGUUGACUUCAAGAAACUGCAAUUGUUUUAUACACCUGGAGGUAUCUUACUCAGCUUAUUUUUUGAGUGGGUAUUUGGCACAAUGAAGAUAAACUUGUGUGACUCACUUGAGUGACUGAUCUAAUAAUGUUGACAUGAAUCCUGUACUUACCAAAAUGUCAAGUGAAAAUAAUUGAUGAUUAAUUUUUUUGUAUUAAAGAAUGGGAAACAAACAUGAACUUGUUAAUAAAGCACUAUGAUCUGCAAAAGGUGAAAUGUUUCAUAAAGAUGGAGAAAUAAAGGAAAUUUAAAUACAGGAUAAUCUUAAAACUUAGUUACAUAGCAGUUUAGAAAGUGCUAUAUCCAGUUUUUAAUUUUUGUGAUAAUAAUGUACAAACAUAACAUUCCAACAUAACAGUGAAAUAUAUUUUAAACACCCGUAAUAGAUUAAAAAUGCACAGAUUUCUAGGUUUUACCUCAGUUUGCCAAAUCUCUGCAGGAUAGAGCCCAGAACUGCAUUUUAACAACCUCUGAAGGUUACUGUGCACACUGAAGUCUGAAACUGGGGAAGGAGUUUAUAAAGUAGGGAGCACCUCUUAGACCACUCAAUGGGCAGAAAUGAGAAGCAAUGGGGAGGAAGGUAGGAAACUACUACUUAUUGGGCAUCUGCUUUCCUGCCAGGUCCUAGCCUACAUCAUUUAAUCGGCAUAAGGUUUAGGCCAGAAACAUCUUCAAAACCUUUUUUUUUUUUUUUUUUUUACAAAUGCAGAACUGGCUAACUUUCACAUUGUUAGUUGAAUUUCCUGUAUUGAUUUUGAAUGUGUCAGUCACAACUUCUCCAGCUUAGGUCCAGAAACAAAUGGGCCUGUUCAGUAGCCAGUCUUUCCUUCUGGUGUUGAUAUUCAAUGUAGGCUGUAUGUUUGAUUUAUCAGGAAGCUUACUGGAGUAAUGCCAGGUGAUCAUAUUUACUGUGGCAACAAAUUUUAUUUUGCUGUAGAAAUAAAUUUAAUGUAAUCAUACAUAAAUUGAAGGCAAUUUAAUUUUGUUAUUAGAACCUUUUCUCAAAGAGGAAAUGAAAUUGACUAGUGUUUCAUGCAAGAAAAGCUCCCCUUGACAUGCUGUAGAUUUUCAGUUUUUAAAAGUUUUAUUUCAUAUGGAGAUAGGAGAAUGUAAGAAUGGAGAAAAGGCAAAGCAUAACUAUUUCAGAGGCCAAACAAUGGAAUGGAAUUUGGCCUAAGGGAAAAUAAAGUCGGUAUAAUUGCUGGACUGACCAUAAAUGUGGAU